AUGUACCACAAAUCUUUCACCAAUGCGGCCAUAUUCUCGGGCUUAGCCCUAGUCUAUGCUCAGGACCUGGCCGCUCUCCCAGAGUGUGCUCGAGAUGCCAUCACCCAAGCCCUGGGCACAACGGGAUGCUCUCUCGCUGACACCGCUUGUAUCUGUGCCUCUCCAGCAUUUACUAGUAUUGGUACAAACAUUGCCUCGGUCUGUAGUGCUGAGGAUGUGAAUGCUGCUAUCGCAGCCGGACAGUCAAUCUGCGCGACAGCACCUGCUUCAAGCAGCAGCAGUGCGCCUCCAGAAGAGCCGACGCCAGAUCCCUAUCCGUCAGGAGAAGAUGGGUCGCAGACCGCAUCCACUACGACUGCUCCUGGAACUGUAACCUCGACAACCGUCCUUACAGAUACCACUCUGGCAAUCGAUACGUCGGCAAUCACAUCCAUCUCGACCAUCUCUUCCAACAAUACUCACACCGGGCCUCUCACCACCACCGGUACAAUUACCCUGCACUCCAGUACUGGCACGCCAACGGGAACUGGAAGUCCAUGGCAAUCAACUUUCAACGGCAUGGGUGCGACUGAUAAGGCACAAGGACUCUUUGCAGGUGCAGUUGGUGUCAUUGGUGCCAUUGCUUUGCUCUAG